CCCUUGUUUUUAUUCACAAACAUGGCGAACUACCGAGAGGCGCCCUUGGCUAGUCGGCCAAAAACGUUGGACCCAGCUGAAUAUUUUAACCUUUCGCUGGACAAGAGACGAAGCGUGGAGGAGAAGGCUACUUUAAGGGCUCAGCUGAAGAGACAAUAUCAGAUGCAACUAAACAAUCCGCUCCGAAAAGAGCUUAUUGAAGACCCUGCCUUGACACGCUGGGUGUACGCCCGUACCAACCCUUUCAACAACUUCAGACCCACCAAGAAAACGUCGCUGCUAGGGGGGCUCUUUGGCGUGUUACCUCUUUUCGUUCUGUACUUCGUGCUGAAGACGGACAGGGACAAGAAGGAGAAGGAGAUCCAAGCAGGGACCUACAAGCGCAAGUUCAAUCUCUCCUCCUGAGUUGGCCUGUUGCAGACUUCAGAUGUAAAAGUGUUGUAGAAAUAAUGUCAAAGUGCAUCUAUUGUUGAUAACUGAAUAAAACAUCCUUUAUUGUC